AUGAUCAACAAAACCUUAAGACUUGAACAAUUAUUGCAGUUUGGGUAUAAGGGAAAAGGUGAAGUUAUUGAAUUUUUAAAAGGUAGAAAUCUUUUGUGUAGAAUUAUGAAAUGUGUUUCUUGUAACACUUGUAUGGAAGAACGAACUAGAAGAAAUUCUAUAGAUGGAACUGCGUGGAUUUGCAAAAAUGCAAUGGGCAGCAAAUUUAAAAAUUCCGUAAGCAUUAGGAAAUUUUAUUUUUAUAAUUUUCGGUUAAGCUUGGCGGAUAUUUGGACAGUCAUAGUAUUGUGGUUGGAGAAUGAAGGUGUUUGUUGA